AGUCAUUGGUAAAGUGGAGUUUUCCAGAUGUCUUUUUUAUGUGUGAGGAGAGAAUGUUUAUAUUUUGAAUCAAAGAAAUCCUAAAAGUGCUUAUACUUUAAAUGGUCAUCCCUAUAAUAUCUUUGUUUUUCAGCCAUUUCUCUAAAAGUACCAUGGAUAAGUAUGAAAUCAUUAAAAAGAUUGGGGAAGGAUCCUUUGGCAAAGUAUUCUUAGCCAAAGGCAAGGAGGAUUAUCAACAAUGUGUUAUCAAGGAGAUCAAUUUGACAAAGAUGUCAAGAAAAGAAAAAGAAUCAUCUCAGGAAGAAGUUAGUCUUCUGGCCAGGAUGAAGCACCCCAAUAUAGUAGCCUUCUAUACUUCCUUUCAUGAAAAAAAUAAGUUAUAUAUUAUUAUGGAAUAUUGUGAUGGAGGUGACUUAAUGAAGAGGAUAAACAUGCAGCAUGGAGUGCUGUUUGAUGAGGAUAAGAUCUUGGGCUGGUUUGUUCAAAUCUGUUUAGGCCUGAAGCAUAUACAUGACAGGAAGAUUCUACACAGAGAUGUAAAAGCACAGAACAUUUUUCUCAACAAUAGUGGAAUUACUGCAAAACUUGGAGACUUUGGGAUUGCAAGAAUGUUGAGCAAUACUAUGGAAUUUGCUCGUACCUGCAUAGGAACACCGUAUUAUUUGUCACCUGAAAUCUGUGAGAACAGAUCAUAUAACAAUAAAACGGAUAUAUGGUCUCUUGGCUGUGUGUUAUAUGAGCUCUGUACUUUAAAGCAUCCUUUUGAAGGCGACAGCUUUCCUCACCUUGUGUUGAAGAUCUGCAGAGGCCAUUUCAUUCCAGUAUCUACAAAGUAUUCAUACGACCUUAGAUCAUUAAUAUCCCAGUUGUUUAAAACCUCUCCAAAAGACCGCCCUUCUAUCAACUCCAUUUUAAAAAAGCCCUUUUUGGAGAAGCAGAUAAGGAAAUACUUGCCUGCUGAGGUCAUGGAAGAAGAAUUCAGCCACACUGUUAUUCAUGGAAAAAGACCACCCGCAUCAAUAUCUUCAGCUCCUAAAGUUCAGAAACCAAGAAUCCAUAGUCAUCACUCUCCAAAAAUCAAGAUGGAGAUGCAUCCCAGAAAACAAGAAUUAUUAUAUAAAAACAAAUGGAACUUUCCUUCAGCAGGCCAGGAUCCUAUUAACCAGCUCUGGAGUCCUAAGCUUAAGAUAUCUGAGAAAGCAGAAGCUGCCAGAAUAUGUGGGCACUAUGACCACUAUUAUGUGAAACUUGCAAACUUGCAGAAAAGGCCAUUGGUGCAGGAGGAUGGUCCACUUAUUGGUCAAAGAAUGGAAGACUAUUAUAAGCAAAAAGGACAAGAACUGCCACCACCUCCACCUCACUGGCCUGCAGAAUACCUUCAAAGGCGAUUCAGUGCGCAACAGUACAAAUUAAAAGUAGAGAAUCGUCUUGGGUUGCAGCCAUCUUCAGCUGAUCCCCAUUAUGGUCAGAUGCAGAAUCAGGAGAUAAAGGCAGAGGCGCUCAACACCUAUCAAAAAGCUUUUGUUCAAAAAAAGGAAAUGAAUGAAAAGGAGAAUAAAAACUUAAAGGACAAAACCUUUCUUGUGAAACACAGGAAGACUGAGGAUCAGUCCCCUCACAGUGAUAUUAUUCCUGGAGGCAAAGAUGAAACAACUCAGGAUAUUGAGCAAAAAUUGGAACAAACUGAGCUUCAUAACUUGAAGGAGAGUAACAUCUCAGAAGGAAAACACAAAGCAAAGGACAAUUAUAAACUUAAUGGAACCUUGACUUUUGAAGAUGGUGGAAACCUUAGGAAAAAACUGACCAAUGUCUAUGAUGAUUACAUUGAUAAAGCACUACUAGAAUUAUGCUGUUGGGAAACAGAUGUUGACAAUGAAGAUGAUGCCAUCAUAAAUCGAAAACAGUGGCAAGCUUCAGCCCCACGGACUCUCCUGAAUAUGCUUGAGAAUGCAGAUAUCACCUCUGCCUGCCCUACCAUGGAUGAAGCGGGUCAGGUAAUCAUACCUUCAGACUUCCCUGAAAAUAGGAGAAAAUGGAGCCAAGAAACACCUGGAACACUAAUGAAUAUGUUAGCAGCAGCAGAAUGCUCCGGUGAUACUUUGUGCCAAGCUGAGGAACUCAAAGUACAAGUAGCCUUGUUGACUCCAAAAACAGAUGAAGCUGAUUCAAAAGCAGGUUCUGUUAUUGAAGUGGAUGAAGAGAGAUUUGAUCCAAGAUCUGAUGACACAAACUUUGAAGAAUCUGAAGAUGAAUUGAGGAAUGAGCUGGUAGAAUCCCUGGAAAAAGUGGUAACCUUUCUAGAAGAGGAGAUUUUAGAAGCUCCUGCUGAAUCAGACACAGAUCAACUGAAAAAGGAAAGUGUAUCUAAUAGUGAACUUAGAAAACCCAAUGAAAAUUCAGAAGACAAUAGUAACAUGAUUGGCGAUAAUCAGGAAAGAGCAAUCAGUUAA